GUGCGUGACGUCAUCCAUACCAGACGCACAAUCACAAGAAACCAGCAGCAAGAAUGCUUUUCUACUCGUUUUUCAAGUCUCUGGUGGGGAAAGAUGUGGUGGUGGAGCUCAAAAACGACCUCAGCAUCUGUGGAACGCUGCAUUCUGUCGACCAGUAUCUGAACAUCAAACUCACAGACAUCAGUGUCACCGAUCCAGAGAAAUAUCCACACAUGCUGUCUGUGAAAAACUGUUUCAUCCGUGGAUCUGUGGUCCGGUACGUUCAGCUCCCUGCGGAUGAAGUGGACACUCAGCUGCUGCAAGACGCUGCGCGAAAAGAAGCAAUACAGCAGAAGCAGUGAUGGACGGGGGUGUAGUUUUUUUGGGGGGGGGUCAGCGGGUGGCGGGUUGAGCAGCGGGUGGCGGGUGGGAUUUUUGUGACGAUAAAUAAUGAGUAGUUUUGAGUUAAAUUCAUUUAGAGAUGAUACGGUUUGUGCAGCUCUUGUAAUGAAGCAGUAUUCAUCAUUUCUCUGUACUUUCACAGAGAAUUUACUUGCAUUCCUGACAUUAGUGAUCAAUAAUUUUCAGAAUUAUUAGAAAAUGGUCUUGACCUCAGAGGCCGUACAGGAGGCUUCAUUUGAUUCGGAUUUUUGUUUUGUUUUAAAGAAAUACAACUAAAUUGAACUUUGAGCCCAGAAGAGGUGAAGAUCUGAAGAUCUGUUGUAGUCUUUCUGUUAUCUUUUAGAAAUCUGACUUCUUUUUUAUGCCACUUCAAAAUAAAAAAAAAUAUUUUAUUUACAUGUUGAUCAUCUUAUUGUCGUUUACAGGGAUGUUUUUGUAGUUUUUCCAGUUAAAAGAUUUUUGUAUUUGCCUUUGAAAUGAUUGGCUGACAAAAGGCUUUAUUGCCAUGAGCUGUGAUCAUGGAGGAAAUUUAUUUUGUAAGUGACUGCAUUUACGGGAAAUAAAACUGAAAAUCCCAUGG